UGAAAUGGCAUAUUUUAAAGAAAAAAAAGAAUAAAACAACACGAGUGAUUAAAUCGAAAUAUGCUUUGUAUCUUGUGAUACGACUUGGUUUUAGUCUUACUAUCUUAUCUUAUUUUUGUUGAAGCUUUUUGUUUCUUCAUUAAUUGUGACGAGGUUCCACAGAACAAUUGCGAUAUAUACCCAGCUUGUAAAGUUCGCAGAACUCGGUAAACUAAAAGUGUUCUGUUUACAAACAUUUGUUGAUUCAGUGGAUUUGUUUUAUUUGUAGGUUUAUUUUGUUGCUAAUAACUUUCUUUUGAUUGGUUAAUAAAAGCUUUUAACCUCAUUUGGAAUGGAUGGGAAGUCACAUUUAGUCACUUGACUCAUCUCGAGCGAGCGUAAAGCUGGGAAAGAUCUGUCGCUUGGCUUGAUUUUCAUUCAAGCUUUUGGUCGCUUGGCUUGAUUUUCAUUCAAGCUUUUGGUCGCUUGGCUUGAUUAUCAUACAAGCUUUUUGAAAAGCCUCCUGUGGAUAGGUUAGAGGCCCUGGAGAGAAAGCUGAAGGCUCUCGAGGAUGAAAAGUUGGGGGAUAACACGGCGCACGCGUUGGCGCUUCUGAGACGAUACCUAGACCGACCGCUAUCCAUCUUUGAUAAAUUUGAAGCGACUGAGUUACUUCAAGCGCUAGUCCGGUCAGCGAGGAGAGACGGCCACCCAAAAGUAGAGGAAUACGAUUCCGUGGAGGUUAGCUUACGUUUAUUUAAACAAGAAUUGGAAGAAAUUGGCAAAUGUCAAUUGGAACGUACGGCUUGGUGUGAUAUUCACCAGGGAACCCAACCUUUCGUUGGCCCCAUCAUCCAUCCUAAUAUGGUGGUUAAAAACCCGUCUUUGGCAAAGCUAGACAAUUUAAGGUUCCGCCGCCCAAAUCAGUUCAAAGCGGGAUGUAAUAUUUCAAAGCCGACAAGCCCUGAACUGGAACUAAUCGCGCGGACUUGAAACCCCGUCCAGUCCGAAUUGGAGGCUUUGAAAUGACUUCUCAUUCUUAUUAAUUAUUUAGCAGGACGCCAGCCAACCAAAUUACGUCCCACAAUGCGUCGCGAGGUGUUUUUGUUGCUGACGCUUAUAGCGUUGAGCGCAUUUCAAGCUCGCGCCGAAGACGAUGACGAUGAUGAUGAUGAUAACGGUGGCGGUGGAGGAGACUGGUGCCGAUACUGGCCAUGGAGUGCAUGGAGUGCGUGCAGCAGCAAGUGUUCUUAUGGGAGUCAAACGAGAACUCGCCAAGCAAACUACCCGUCCUUUUGCCGGCAUACUUGGCAGACCAGACAGUGCGGGGGCCCUAAGUGCGACAGCGCGACUCAAGUGUGCAUUCCAGCCACCGGAGAGUGCAGAUGUCGUGAUGGGUAUAAGCCGCAAACAAAUGGAAAUAUACCAGCUUUUCCUGGUAACUUCAGAUGGAGCUACCAGGGUCCAAUACAUGGAAUGAGGUGUGUACAAAUCAAGCCACAAGACAACACAUAUUACGGUUGGCAUGACAACUACCUCUGCUCUGACAUCAACAAGGCCGAUCCAGGGUGGCGAUGGUCGACUAGUGGGAAGAUCAUUGGCAUGAAAUGUGUCAUGGUUAUGGAACCAUUUGACAUUAGAUUCCGCCACUGUUACCUCUGCAUCCCCCAAAACUCACCAUAUCAGCUAGACUAUAGCUUCAAUGGCUUCUAUGGAAAAUGGGGCUGGGACCCCAACAGCUGUUUGCGGUUCUACGAGCCUCUAACUCCGGUUUGGAAUGAUAACUAUCUUUGCUCAAGCAAAGCUGGAUCAGGAAACCAAGGUUGCGUAGAAAUAGAUGAAUGCAGUAGCAAUCCUUGUCAGAAUGGAGGGACUUGCACAGAUCAGCUGAACAGUUAUUCGUGCACCUGCCCGAGUGGAUAUACCGGAACAAAAUGUGAAAUUGUCCCAGCUACCUCAAUACCAACAACAAUGAAAACUUACAAACAAGCGCGUAAGCCUCAUGCACACAAACCCACAACAAACACACCAAAAAGACGCAAACCAAGAACAUGCAAACCCAAAACACGUAAACCCUAUACACACAAGCCCACAACAUACAAACCAAGAAAACAAAGACCCACAAAACACAUACCAAGAACACGCAAACCAAAAACACGUAAACGAAAUACACCCACAAAAUAUAAGCCUUAUACACAAAACCCCACAACAUAUAAGCCCUAUACACUUAAGUCCACUACACAUAAGCCCCAUAAACAUAAUCCCACUACACAUAAGCCCCAUACACACAAACCCACUACACAUAAGCCCCAUACACACAAACCCACUACACAUAAGCCCUAUACACACAAGCCCAUUACACAUAAGCCUCAUACACAAAAGCCCACUACACAUAAGCCCUGUUCACACAAACCCCAUACCCCCCAAACAACGCAUAAGUCACAUACACGCAAACCCCAUACCCCCCAAACAACGCAUAAGCCACAUAAACACAAACCAACAACGAAAAAGAGGUACACGACCAACAAACCGACCAGGCCGGCGACAACCCGACCAACCAAACGGCCAACAACAAGCCCAGAUCAAUGUGCAUCAGCACCAUGCAUCAACGGGGGAACGUGCAAAAGUGACAGGUAUGGCUAUAAUUGCCAUUGUAAGGUAGGAUUCACCGGCAAGAACUGCGAGACCAACAUUGACGAAUGCAACUCCAGCCCAUGUAAGAAUGGUGGAUCCUGUACGGAUAGGAUCAGCGGAUUCACGUGCACAUGUAAACAUGGCUUUACUGGCAAAGAUUGUGGCACUGAAAUAGACGAGUGCGCCAGCAAACCUUGCAAGAACGGAGCGACCUGUACGGAUAGGAUCAACGGAUUCACGUGCACAUGUAAACCUGGCUUUACUGGGAGCGACUGUGGCACUGAAAUAGACGAGUGCGCCAGCAACCCUUGCAAGAACGGAGCGACCUGUACGGAUAGGAUCAACGGUUUCACGUGCACAUGUAAACCUGGCUUUACUGGCAAAGACUGUGGCACUGAAAUAGACGAGUGCGCCAGCAAACCUUGCAAGAACGGAGCGACUUGUACGGAUAGGAUCAACGGUUUCACGUGCGCAUGUAAACCUGGCUUUACUGGCAAAGACUGUGGCACUGAAAUAGACGAGUGCGCCAGCAAACCUUGCAAGAACGGAGCGACUUGUACGGAUAGGAUCAACGGUUUUGCGUGCGCAUGUAAACCUGGCUUUACUGGCAAAGAUUGUGGAACUGAGAUAGACGAGUGCGCCAGCAACCCUUGCAAGAAUGGAGCGACCUGUACGGAUAGGAUCAACGGUUUCACGUGCACAUGUAAACCUGGCUUUACUGACAAAGAUUGUGGCACUGAAAUAGACGAGUGCGCCAGCAAACCUUGCAAGAACGGAGCGACUUGUACGGAUAGGAUCAACGGUUUUGCGUGCGCAUGUAAACCUGGCUUUACUGGCAAAGAUUGUGGAACUGAGAUAGACGAGUGCGCCAGCAACCCUUGCAAGAAUGGAGCGACCUGUACGGAUAGGAUCAACGGUUUCACGUGCACAUGUAAACCUGGCUUUACUGACAAAGAUUGUGGCACUGAGAUAGACGAGUGCGCCAGCAGCCCUUGCAAAAACGGAGCGACCUGUACGGAUAGGAUCAACGGUUUUGCGUGCACAUGUAAACCUGGCUUUACUGGCAAAGAUUGUGGCACUGAAAUAGACGAGUGCGCCAGCAACCCUUGCAAGAACGGAGCGACCUGUACGGAUAGGAUCAACGGUUUUGCGUGCACAUGUAAACCUGGCUUUACUGGCAAAGAUUGUGGAACUGAGAUAGACGAGUGCGCCAGCAACCCUUGCAAGAACGGAGCGACCUGUACGGAUAGGAUCAACGGUUUUGCGUGCACAUGUAAACCUGGCUUUACUGGGAGCGACUGUGGCACUGAAAUAGACGAGUGCGCCAGCAAACCUUGCAAGAACGGAGCGACCUGUACGGAUAGGAUCAACGGUUUUGCGUGCACAUGUAAACUUGGCUUUACUGGCAAAGAUUGUGGAACUGAGAUAGACGAGUGCGCCAGCAACCCUUGCAAGAACGGGGCGACCUGUACGGAUAGGAUCAACGGAUUCACGUGCACAUGUAAACAUGGCUUUACUGGCAAAGAUUGUGGCACUGAAAUAGACGAGUGCGCCAGCAACCCUUGCAAAAACGGAGCGACCUGUACGGAUAGGAUCAACGGUUUUGCGUGCACAUGUAAACCUGGCUUUACUGGGAGCGACUGUGGCACUGAAAUAGACGAGUGCGCCAGCAACCCUUGCAAAAACGGAGCGACCUGUACGGAUAGGAUCAACGGUUUUGCGUGCACAUGUAAACCUGGCUUUACUGGCAAAGAUUGUGGCACUGAAAUAGACGAGUGCGCCAGCAACCCUUGCAAAAACGGAGCGACCUGUACGGAUAGGAUCAACGGUUUUGCGUGCACAUGUAAACCUGGCUUUACUGGCAAAGAUUGUGGAACUGAGAUAGACGAGUGCGCCAGCAACCCUUGCAAAAACGGAGCGACCUGUACGGAUAGGAUCAACGGUUUUGCGUGCACAUGUAAACCUGGCUUUACUGGCAAAGAUUGUGGAACUGAGAUAGACGAGUGCGCCAGCAACCCUUGCAAAAACGGAGCGACCUGUACGGAUAGGAUCAACGGUUUUGCGUGCACAUGUAAACCUGGCUUUACUGGCAAAGAUUGUGGCACUGAAAUAGACGAGUGCGCCAGCAACCCUUGCAAAAACGGAGCGACCUGUACGGAUAGAAUCAACGGUUUCACGUGCACAUGUAAACAUGGCUUUACUGGCAAAGAUUGUGGAACUGAGAUAGACGAGUGCGCCAGCAACCCUUGCAAGAACGGAGCGACUUGUACGGAUAGGAUCAACGGUUUUGUAUGCACAUGUAAACCUGGCUUUACUGGCAAAGAUUGUGGAACUGAGAUAGACGAGUGCGCCAGCAACCCUUGCAAGAACGGAGCGACCUGUACGGAUAGGAUCAACGGUUUUGCGUGCACAUGUAAACCUGGCUUUACUGGGAGCGACUGUGGCACUGAAAUAGACGAGUGCGCCAGCAAACCUUGCAAGAACGGAGCGACCUGUACGGAUAGGAUCAACGGUUUUGCGUGCACAUGUAAACCUGGCUUUACUGGCAAAGAUUGUGGCACUGAAAUAGACGAGUGCGCCAGCGAACCCUGCAAGAACGGCGCGAAUUGCACAGAUAAAAUUAACGGUUUCAUGUGCACUUGUAAAGAAGGCUAUACUGGGAAAGACUGUGGGACGGACAUAGAUGAGUGCUCAUCGAACCCUUGUCUCAACGAAGGCACAUGCACAGACCAAGUCAAUGGAUACUUGUGUGUCUGUAAAAAGGGAUAUACAGGGCCAAACUGUGAAGUGGAAGUAAAUGAAUGUCAAAGUGAUCCUUGCCAGAAUGGAGGAACAUGUGAAGAUCUCAUUGCCAGCUAUAGAUGUUUCUGCAAAGCGGGAUAUACGGGCCGUCACUGCGAAACGGACAUUGAUGAAUGCGCGUCAUCUCCCUGUGCAAAUGGCGGCACCUGUACUGACUUAGUGGACGCACACAAGUGUCAAUGUUCUACAGGUUACACUGGCAAGAAUUGCGAAGUUAACAUAGAUGAGUGUGCAACCAAACCAUGCCUGAAUGGUGCAACAUGUGUUGAUCAGAUAGCUGUCUACAAAUGCCUAUGUGCUCCAGGUUACAAAGGGUUGCAGUGUCAGAUUGACAUUGAUGAAUGUGCAUCCAAUCCAUGCCAAAACAACGGCUAUUGUGAAGACCUGAUCAAUGGCUAUUAUUGCUUCUGCACUCCAGGCUUUUCUGGGAUACACUGCGAAGCUAAUAUCGACGAGUGCGCUUCAUCUCCAUGUCAGAAUGGCGGCUUGUGCACAGAUAUGAUCAACGCGUUCACGUGCACCUGUCCGCCAGGAUAUACUGGUAUCACGUGUGACAUUGACAUCGACGAGUGCGCUUCAUCUCCAUGUCAAAAUGGCGGCUUUUGCACAGAUAUGAUCAACGCGUUCACGUGCUCUUGUCCGCCAGGAUAUACUGGUAUCACGUGUGACAUCAACAUCGACGAGUGCGCUUCAUCUCCAUGUCAGAAUGGCGGCUUUUGCACAGAUAUGAUCAACGCGUUCACGUGCACCUGUCUGCCAGGAUAUACUGGUAUCACGUGUGACAUCAACAUCGACGACUGCGCUUCACGUCCGUGUCAGAAUGGUGGUAUCUGUAAAGAUGGUAUUAAUGAAUUCAAGUGCCAAUGUUCCGCUGGGUUUACUGGGAAUCUAUGUGAGGUAAACAUAGAUGAGUGCGCCUCUGCUCCCUGUCAGCAUCGCUCUACUUGUAAAGACCUGAUUAAUGAUUACAACUGCACGUGUCAUCCUGGAUACAGCGGUCGUAACUGCGAGCAUGAGAUCGACGAGUGCAUUUCAAGUCCUUGCAGAAAUAAAGGAUAUUGUUAUGAUGCAAUCGGUUACUACUUAUGCAUUUGUCCCCCAGGUUUCUAUGGAAAGCACUGCGAAAAUCCUUGUCCCAGUGGCAAGUACGGGUUCGACUGCAAAGGAACUUGUAUGUGUAAGAACAACGCUUCUUGUCACCCCGCCACGGGACUGUGUUCGUGCACUGCGGGAUGGAUUGGACAGUUUUGUGACUUGGAAUGUGAUGAUGGCAAGCAUGGACUAGGUUGUCUCUCCAACUGUAAAUGCCAGAACAAAGCCCAGUGCGACCAUGUGACUGGUGCUUGCACCUGCCCUACAGGCUUCACAGGGAAAUAUUGUGAAACUGACAACUCAUCUGGGUCUGGUGGCGACUCUAGAGCAUUCGACGAUGGCUUCGGGAUUCGGGACUGGCUUGGAUUCUAGCUUUGGAAAUCAUAUAACAAUCAAUGUAUUUAUGGGUCUCAAUAAACAUACGCCUUCAAUCAA